AUGGCGGAGGACUGCGGCGACCACGAGGAGGAAAAACGGCGGCAGCUCUACCACCGCCUCUUCGCCGGCUUCCUCAUUCUCGUCGCCGCCGUCCUUCUCACCGUCCUCAUCAUCUGGCUCGCUCUCCGCCCUACCAAGCCUGCAUUCCGCCUCGAGGAUGCCUCCCUCCUCGAGCUCAACCUCACCUUCACCCCCUCCACUGCCUCCCCAAUUCUCUCCGCCGUUUUUCAGGUCACCGUCUCCUCCCGCAACCACAACGACCGCGUCGGCGUGUAUUACGACCGCCUCGACGCCUUCCUCCUCUACGACGCCCAGCGCGUCUCCGUCGCCACUUCCCUUCCAGCCGGCUACCAGGGCCACGGCGACGUCACUGUCUGGUCGACGUAUCUUUCCGGCGGAGGCAUCCUUCUCGCCCCCUAUAUAGCCGACUCCCUCUCCGAGGGCGAGCGCGCCGGAUUUAUUCUGUUCCACCUCCGCGUCGACGGCCGCCUCCGGUGGAAGGUCGGCUCAUGGAUCUCCUCCCACUACCACCUCCGUGUCAGCUGCCCGGCCUUGUUCGCCGUCGACGGUGACGCCGGAUUCCGCUUCCAGCGGAAUACGGAAUGCAGCGUCGACAUCUAACGGAGGACUCUGUUUUCGAUUUUAUUUUAUUUGUUGUUUGCGCGAUAAAAAA